AUGUCAAAUGAAACAGCGUCUAUGAGAGAAAUACAACACAACCGACAACUCAUUAUGCAAGCUCUAAAUAAGAACACAACAAACUUUUCAAACUAUUCUAAGAUAUCUGAGUCAUUGAAAGGGGGUGACUUAAAACUGACAAUAAACCCAAUGACAGAUGAGUUUCUAUUUCAAGACAAUAAGAACAAUACUGUCUGUAUAAAUCCAACAAAAGGAACUUUAAACGAGAAACCUAUAAAUGAACUUCUUUUGAAAACAGAUGUUGACAACAAAGCUGACAAAGAAUAUGUAGACGAUGCAAUAGCAAAAGAAGAAGAAAGAGCUAACAAUGCUUAUGCAACAAAAGAACAUACUCAUCCUGAACUAGCAGACAAAACAUAUGUUGACAAUAAAAUGUCAAGUGAAGUGACAAGAGCUGAAAACGAAUAUUCUAAAAAGACUCAUAUACAUUAUAUUAACCAAAUACCAAGUCUUAAGGAAACAUUAGAGACAAAAGCAGAUAAGACUCAUACACAUUCUAUAUCUGAUAUUACAAACUUACAAGAAACCUUAAACAGGAAACGUGCCGUUGGACAUACACAUUCUAUAUCUGAUAUUACAAACUUACAAGAAACCUUAAACAGGAAAAGUGACGUUGGACAUACACAUACAUCUUCUGAAAUAACAGACUUAAAUGUUAGCCUUGAAAAUAAAGCAGAUAAAACAUAUGUCAAUGAAAUAUACCAAAGUUUGAUAGGAACAAAAAAUAUUGAAACUAUUGUUGGUGACUUUUCUGUCAAUGAAGAAAAUAAAUAUUUUAGAUGGCAGUUGGUACAGUCCUUAGAAAAUAGUACACGGUAUAAACUCAUUCCGAAAAAUAACAAUGAAAUGUAUGUAAGCUAUAAAAAGAAUGAUGGUACACAAGUUAAAGUUCCAUUAGACAACAACUGCUACUUAAACUUAUAUGGAGACGAACAAAAGAAAUAUUUAAGAGUUUAUGAAAUGGUGGAUAUGAUAUUACCUGACCCAGCUCCGGCACCACAUUAUUAUGACUAUGGAGAUGACGACAGAACACCACAUGUAGAUGAACAAAAGCUAACAUUAUAUUUAGAUUAUUAUAGAUAUAAAAGAUAUAAUGCAAUAGAAAAAACGAGAAUAGUAUAUUAUUAUACAGAUGACAGAAUAGGGUUGUUAAAAAUAUCAAAAAUUAGCGUUUUGAAGACACCAUGGUGUCUUAUAAUUUUCCCUUCCUUAUUGGCGUGUAGAAAUAAAUGCGCCAAUAGAUUGAAGAAGAAGAAUUGUUUUUCUCUUAAUGAACUUUAA